AUGGCUUCUGUCCACAGGCUCUUCUUUCGCCUCUCCUCCCGCGGCAUCAUUAUCAACGAGCGCAUCUUUGUAAAAGGGCCAACCGUUGUAGUGCUGAUGCCCAUGGUGCACGUGGCAGCCAGGAGCUUCUUCGAUGCCACGCUGAGAAGCGCUCGCUUUCAUCAGUUUGAUGCGGUCUAUCACGAGGGCCCGCCGCCGGGGUGCACGGAGGAUCCUGCGUACCCGACGUGGCGCUUCACACCCUCCCUUCGCCACGCCUCUCUUUCUGGGGCGUUCCUGGAGCUGUCCGAGGUGCUGGAUGAUCUGGUUUCGGGUGCCACUGGCCGCAAGUAA